AUGUCUGAUAGUCUCAAGGCAUACUCGCAUCGAAAAUCGUGCGACGCCACAUUCAAGGGACAAACUUCGGUUGCAAGAGGCGCACAGACGGCCCCUUAUCUUGUCCUAGCCUUUGGUACACUUUGCCGGCCAAUUAUUGCACCUGUUGACGACAGACAAACGCCACAGACUCGUUCACGCCCGUCGAUGGGCUCAUCCUCUUUCGAUUUCACUUUGACCAAUGCAUCAACUCGUUGCCAAGUGAUUACACUUUAA